CAGGCAGGCAAACGCCCUCGGUGUGCAGGGCAGAGUAGCAAAUUAGGUUUAGAGUAACUAGAAUAAUAAAAGUCAAGGGAAAAAAGGUAAAGCAUCUGUGUGUAAUGGAGAUGGAGGGUGGCGAGAAGAGCAGAAGCCGGCUGUGUAGCAUCUGCAACCAACGACGCCCUGCUCUCAAACGACCUAAAACCCUUCAACAAAUUUGCAGGGAAUGCUUCUAUGUGGUAUUUGAGGAAGAGAUUCAUAGGGUUAUUGUCGACAACAACCUCUUUAAGCCCGGGGAACGCAUCGCCAUUGGUGCUUCUGGUGGAAAAGACUCUACAGUUCUUGCAUAUGUGAUGUCGGAAUUAAACCGCCGCCACAACUAUGGCUUGGAUCUCUUCCUCCUAUCAGUUGAUGAAGGGAUUACAGGCUACAGGGAUGACUCACUUGAAACUGUUAAAAGAAACGAGCUUCAGUACGGUCUGCCACUUAAAGUUGUUUCAUAUAAAGAUCUGUAUGGGUGGACAAUGGAUGAGAUUGUGAAGAUGAUCGGUCUGAAGAACAAUUGCACAUUUUGUGGUGUUUUUCGCCGCCAGGCUCUUGAUCGUGGUGCCGCCUUGUUAAAAGUAGACAAGUUAGCUACUGGUCAUAACGCCGAUGAUAUUGCCGAAACAGUUCUCCUGAAUAUUUUGCGAGGUGACAUUGCUAGAUUAAGCAGAUGCACGUCUAUAAUUACUGGUGAAGAUGGACCAAUUCCUAGAUGCAAGCCAUUUAAGUACACAUACGAGAAGGAAAUUGUUAUGUAUGCAUACUUUAAGAAACUGGACUACUUUUCAACAGAAUGCAUAUAUUCACCAAAUGCUUAUCGUGGGUUUGCCCGAGAGUUCAUAAAAGAUUUGGAGAGAAUAAGACCUCGAGCCAUACUUGACAUCAUCAAAUCAGGGGAGGAUUUCAGGAUCGCGACAUCUACAAAGAUGCCAGAGCAAGGGACUUGUCAACGCUGUGGCUAUAUUUCUAGCCAGAAAUGGUGUAAAGCAUGUGUUUUGCUGGAGGGGUUAAAUCGGGGUUUGCCAAAACUUGGGAUUGGGAGAACUCGAGGUGUAAACAGUGAGCGUCAGAAAGACGAUGGCGUGAAGAAUUUACAGAGCAAAGCAUGUGGAAGUCUCGACUUCUAAUACAGAGACAAUUGGCAUGAAUAAUGACAUGGGUUUUGCUAAGAUGUUCAAUAGUUUAUAAUCCUUCAGGUGAUCCAAAUGGCAGAUAUGUUGCAAACUGGUUAUAAAAGAUAGAUUGUUUACUAUUUAUUUUGUUAAAACUAGUUAUAUAUUAAGCAUUACUAGUCUUAGUUUCCAAAUUUUGUUUUUCUAUUUUGUUCAAUUUUUUUUAAAGUAUGAUACAUUUCUAUUUUUAUA